UCUGUCCGACUGCGCCGACAAGUCACUGCUGCACUUUGUCACAGAUAUUUACCUUCAUUUGCUUUACGUUGGACUAUUUUGUCUUCCAGCAAGAACUGAGCAGCACUUCCAACUCUUUGAGUUAAAUUCAAAGAGAGUGAAAUCAUGAGUCAUCUCAACCCAGGGCUUAUUUCAGGAUAUAACAGCCUCACAGACAAACACCUUGCUGGAUAUUUCAGCAACGCUCGGAUUAGAAGACACCUCCAAAGAACAGGACUGCUCACCAGGAGCGGACGGAUCAUUCCAGACAAGGAAUACAGACAAAAACUGAUCCAAAGAGCCCACCACAGACGCAUCAGGGAAUGUUUGGCCCAGGCCAUUUUCCACAAAGUGCUGGAACUGGAGCGUCUACAUCAGACAGAGAUUAAAAGGAAACUGGAGGAGUUUGAAAGGAGAGAAAGAGUGCAUAAACUCAAGGAGGAACGCUGCAAAAGGUAUGAAGAAGGCAUCAUCCACAUCCUGUCACCACGCCCCCCCACAGGUGCUAGGGGCAUGCGCACACAGCAUUCUGGGCCAGAGGGGGUGCACUCUGAAACCUCAGAGUCUCCAGGCUCCUCUCGACCAAACACCGCUCCAGGAAAAAUGCAGAGGCCGGUACGUCUGAAGCCCCUCCACAGCAGCAGUACGACAACUUCAGUCAGACGAAGCGCCCCCUACAGGCAGCAUGAGUUCUCUCGUGAAGCAACCAACCAGACAUUCAACUACACGGAGAACAAGGACUCCAGGAGGCGUUUGACCAAGGUGGAGGUCUCCCAUGGCAUCUCACCCUACUGCCUCCCUGUCAUUAACAAUUUUAUCACCCCUGUGCCUCCGACCUCUAAAAAGAGGGAGGUGGGUGUAAAGGUGACUCCCAGUGGCACGCUGCGGGGCCGCAGGCUUCGUCCUACCACCGCCUCCAGUGGACCUGACGUCAUUGAGGGGCCUCUACCUCUUAGGAGUUCUGUGCACCAAAGUGGAGUCUCUGUGCACAUGGUGUACUUUGGCAAAACAGUACACCUUUCUCACGACCUGCUUGACCUGAGAGAUGAUGUCAAAGUGUUUCAGCAGCACUGUGGAGGAGAGAACCUCUGUGUGUACAGGGGCAAACUCUACGAGGGAGAUACAUUCCAGUUUGUGUCGCGGAGACAUCAAGGGUUUCCCUUCAGCUUGACCUUCUUCCUGAAUGGACUCCAGGUAGAGCGGCUGAGCUCCUGCUGUGAGUUCAAACACAGGAAGGGUUCCCGACUCGGAGGAAGACACGGACACUUUGGCUUCAUCAGCGUAAAGGGAGCAUCACCCUGCUACAAGUGUAUCAUAGCAGUGGGACUGGACAAAAAGCCUUUGCCUCCGCCACAGAGGGUCAAGCAGGAAGAAAUAAGGGAGGAGAUGGUCACCAGCCCUCAGGAGGCUUCUGAGGUGGAGAUGGAGAUGAGUGGAAACAACAUAAACCAUGAAACCAAACAUCCACAGGACAUGGAGAUGCAAACAAAAGAGGAUACACCACUCGAGGACGACAAACUCCAAGAUGACUAUGAAGAGGACUUUGAAGCUGAUGAUGCAGAAGACACAGCAAAAAAAGAAAUUAAAUCUCCAUCUCCAUCUAGCAAAAGUGAGAAGAAGGUUAGAGAUGACUCUGAGACUGAAGAUGACGUGAAGAAUGAAGACACAACGUUUCAUUCAGGCUCCAGCAUCUCAGACAGUGACAGGGAGGAGAGUGAUACAGAAGCUCCAAAUGAGAUUGAAGUGUACCAGAAAGCAGAACAACAUGAAGAUGUCCAUGAGAUCCUUGAACAGGAAACUGUUCCACCACAUGAAAAUGAUGAACAGAAUCCAGAAGUAGGUGGUGCUGAGGCCAUGUCUGCUGUCGUUAAAGGCUCAGAUUUACAGGAUAGUGUUUGGGACAGUACAGAGAUAGAGGUCUCCGACAGCGUCCCACCAAGGAGCCAGACUAAAGGAAAUGCUGACACCUCUGGGGACAACCUCACAGAAAAAAGUAGAUGUGAGAGCAAACAGGAAGAGGAACCAGAGAGGGCUAAAUCUGUGCAGGAGAAGCUGGCAGAAGCCAUUCUGAAGGAGGCCCAGUUCAGCUCUGAGCCGGAACUGAGCGACACCAGCACGGAGGAGGAGGAGGAGGCUACACGCAGCGACUGCAAAGCAGACAGUAAAGAUUCAGUUCCAGAGAUGUCAUCAGUGACAAUGACAGAACAACUUCAGACCAACAUAGAAGAGAGAAAAUGUGAAGAAAGUGUUGCUGAUGAAGUUGAGGAGGUACAGGAUCAAAAAGCUGAAAUGUCUGAAUUGAAGAAUGCGACUGAACCAGGUGACCAUCACAACGAUGACCCCAACAGAGACGAGAAGGUCAAAAAGGAUCUGCCUGCUGAAAAAGCUUCAGAGGCUGGUGAAGAAGAAGACAGAGAUAAGAAGGAUAAAUCAGAGGAUGUAGCACUGCAUCCUGUACCCAAAGUAAAAAAGGAGGAAGAUGACAAGACCUCUGUAAAAAAGGAAAAUACAGCACUGAAAGGCACUGAUGCUGAACCAGCAGGAACAGGUGAAGAAACAGAAGAGAAAACCACAAUGGAGGCAGACGAGCAGCCCGAGCAGAUGGACCAAGAUGCAAAAGGCGCUGAGGAGGAUGAGUCAUCGCCAGCUGAGACGAAGAAUGAUGAGACAGCAGCGGGAGAUAAUGUAGAGGUGAUGAUGACAAGCAGAACAAUGGAGAUGAAAGUGAAGCCCUCAGAGGAGCAAGAGGCUCUCAGCUGUGAAGAGGCCAAGAAAAACGAGGAGGAGGAAAAGGAGGAGGAGGGAGACAGUGAGACCAGACCCAGAGGACCAGAAAGCGAAGUCAUAGCUGAGAAUUCAAAUGGCUCGUCAGCGCCGGAACCAGCUAUGAUAGCUGAGGUGCACACGGAAAAUAUGACGCGUGACAACAGCAAAAGUGAUGUUAAAGACACAGAAGCUUCAGAGGUUAACAAAGACGACAGCAGAGAAAAGAUGUGGCAGGAAGCACAAGAGCAAAAAUCCAUAGAAUUAAAUAGAGAAAUUAUACAAGAUGAACAAACAGAAGCAAACAAUAAUAAAAGCAAAAAGGAUGAAACAGAAGAGGAAAAGAAUGAUGAAAGUGUGGAGGGAGAAAAGAUGAUGGAAAGUGGGGAAAGUGCAGAAGACAAAGUAGAUUCAAGUACAGAUGAGAAGAUAGAAGAAGAACCAAUAGAGAACAUGAAGACAUCCGGUGAGGAAGAAAUCUACGGAGACGACACAUCGAUAAAGAAAGAUGAAGAUGACAGGGAAGAAUUAGGAGAAAAGAGUGAUAAAACUGUGGAGUUUGAAGACAUAAAUGAUGCGAAGUCCAUUGAUGAUGGAGAGGAAAAGAGAGAGAAAGAUGGGAUUAAAGAAGGCGAUGAAGAAUCUACAGAUCAUAGAAGGAUAACUGAUGAGACUGUUGAACGAGAAGAACUGUCCAAAAAAACUAAAGAACCUGAAAACCACACAAAUACAAGUGUGCCACAAGAAAAGUUGAAAAUAGAUGAUAAAAAUCCUGUCGGGUUAAAGGAUGAUGGUGACGGCGAAUCAGCUGAUGUAGCUCAGGAGGCUAAAAGUGAUGAAGUGCAAAGAAAAGCAAUGGAGAAUGAAGAACUUAAAGAGACUGAAAGAGAUUUGUCCAUCAGGGAAAAGCAGGGGAUUGAUGCCGAAAGCGGAGAGUCUUCUCCUGGGAUAGAAAACGGAAACUACAAGGACAAGGCGGAAGUUUCAAUUCAAGAUGUGAAAACAGUAGAGCGAGAGACAAUGGAGGUAAAGACUGUAGAGGUCAGAGACGGUGAAGAUGUCAAGGUGGAUCAGAUAUCUGGAAGUGAAGCUAAGAACGAGGAUGCAAAUGUGGAUAACAGAGCUGAAUCUUAUCAUGAAGGUUCUGGUGUGCAGGUAAAAGAUGAAGCAAAAACGGAUGAAGUGAGCACAAGAAAGAAUGAAGGAAUGACAAAUAAUGACAAAAACACAACGCCAAUAUAUGACAUUAGAUCAGACCGAAAUAAUCAAACUGGAGAUUUGGAUUUGAUGACAAAAGCACAACAAAAGGAACAAUUUUCCAAACCUAGAGGGAAUGAGUCGGAAUGUGAGAAUCAGCCGGACAGUGAAGAAGCUGCUACUGGAUUUCAUCUUUUUGCACUGGAUGGAGAAAAAGGAACAGACAUGGAGGAUGCAAGCAAGGCCUCAGAGGAGGGAGCGAAUGUGCUGCUGAAGACUCAAACGCGACCGUCAAACGCCGAGGAGGCCAUCACGUCAGCUGAUAAAGAGUCUCCAGAUGGCUUAGAAAUGGAAGACAAUAGAGACCUCGUCACAAACUGGGUGACGGUGCAUCAAUCAUCCAGGUUUUUCCAGACGUUUGUUGAACCCUUAGAAGAUCUGGGCAGGUCUUCUUCAGAUGCUCAAGUGUACAAGUCGGACAAAGAAGUAACAAACGAGACAGGGUCAGUGCAUCAGGUGCAGGUCAGUGACGAAAGUGAAGACAAAAAGGAUGGACAUGAAAUCAAAGCAGCUCAUUUGGACCCGGAGAUCAGUUGGUCUGAAGAUGAAAAGCUGCAUGAAAAGGGUCCUAUGAAGUCUUUGCACAAAGACAGCGUUGAGAUUGGUGAGUUAAUACCGAAGGCACAAACUCACCAGUACAGUGAGGAAUCUGUAGCCAGUUUAACGAGAGAAGACCCGAGGUCAGAGAAGCGCAAAGGAAGUGUGGACUCGCAAGAUGGCACGGCAGCGGUGAUCGCAGAGCGAAGGGACGAAGUGGAAAAUUCCGCAGCUGGUGAGAAGCAAACUGAGGUUAAAGCAAUCAGGAAUAGUGAAGAAAAAUGUGCAAGCGCAGAAGAAAAGAGUCUAGAGUCCAGAUUGGUUUCUGAGGUCAGGUCAGCAAGCGAACCAGAACGCACCAGUGACACAUGGGAAAAAAUAGACAACGAAAGCAGAGAAGUCACGGAUAUAAUUGAUUUCACAGCAUCGGAAUAUGGAAGUCAAGAGGAAUGCCGCAGUGGACAGAUCCAAACCAAAGCGUCGGAUGAAACUGUUGGAGAAAAAAAAGAUGAGAAAGUGGUGAACGAUGUCAAACACACACUCAGUAAAGACCACGUGAGCACGUACUCAGUGGAGGAAACGCUGUUGGGUCGCAGCUCACAUUCUUUACUGAAUACUGCUAAGAUAGAGAGUGGACACUAACGAUCACUUUCUUUUAAAAAUAAUUAUUUAAAUUCCUAUCCAAACAAAUGUGCAAAAUUAGUUCAUUCAUUUGCUCUACCCACUUACUCCAGUUAAGGGUCACGGGGACUAGAACCUAUCCCAGCAGUCACUGGGCGAAAGAUGUGUAGACCCUAAACAGGCCGCCUGUCUAUCACAGGGCCACAUAUAAACAAAAACAGCCACACUCUCACUCACCCAUAUGGCCAAUUUAAAAUUUCCAGUGUACCUAACCUACAUGUCUUUUGGAAGUAUAAAAUUAGUGCUGAAUGCAAAAUCCCUAUGUUCUCAUUUGCAUUGCAGCACACUAUAAAAACACUGAUAUUAUAUUUUUGGCCAGUUUAUGUAUUUUAGAGAUGACAGACUCGAGCUUUCCGCCACUGCAUAAAGAAUGUAUGCCACAUUAAUUGUUUACGUGAGAUCAUUGCUUCCUGUUGUUGGUAUCAAUGAGACAGAGUUUGUGCACUGCAUCGUGUGUAGCCGCUGUCACUUAUUACCUGUAAACCAAUACUUUUGCACUCCCGCUGCACAAAUGCAUUAAAUAAUUUAUAGCUGAUGAUCUCCUAGAGC